UUUCACAUCGCGAAUCUGUUCAGAUAUACCCAAAAGCCGUUUUACUACCAACCUUGUCCACUCAGGGCUCAAACUGGUUUCAUCUAGUCGUCCACUCACCGACGAUGAGCAGCAAACCGAGCACUUCACAAGCACUCCAAACUCGCUUACGCAAAUCCAUUGAUGCAGAGAGGUUCCUUAGCUCAGUCUGCAGCCAAGAGCCGUGGAUGACUUCUGAAAAGUUGAGAUAAAGUGAAAAUAAUUUUACAUUUAUUCGUAUUCCCCUUUUACGGCGAAUUUUUGUGCAACUUUGUGAUGGUCAAACCAUCCUGUUCCUUGUGUAUAAAUGAGGUGACUGUUUCCUCACGAGUUACACUUGCUGCUUCACUCCUCUUCCAAGAUUCAGCCACAAGAGCCGAAGCCGAUAUGGCUUUUUACGAUAACAUUUAUCCAUUCUACCAUAUUCAAAGGACAUCCUUCAUCUUCAGUGGCCACUUGCUCACCGUUAUCAUAUGUUUCCUUGUCAUUACAUUCUGUCUACUUCUUAUUCUGCCUGGAAUUCGAGGAAAGUCGCGGCUGUUCUGGCUGUUGAGGAUCAUCCUGAGCUUGUUUAUUGGUGCUGUCAUCGUGGCACUCAACUUUACUGACAACUGGGCUGAGGACUGUAUAACCACAAACACAACCUACAAGUCUUUCAGCAGUGCAAUGGUUCACGCUGAUGUUGGCUUACAUGUUGGCCUAUAUGGCAUUAAUGUUACACUGAAAGGCAAUCCAGUUAUUCAAUUGAACGAGACUAUAGACUACAAUGAGAUGUUUUCCUGGCACGACACUACUGAGGACGAUUAUAAGGAAGCUUUGGAGAAAGGCCUCCCGAACCCCAUCCUAUACAUCGCAGAGAAAUUCUCUCUCAGCAGCCCGUGCGGCCUCAUCUUUUACUACAGAAACUCUGGGCGCUAUGCAUCUGCAACUCUCUGGAUGGCAUUUUGCUGCUGGAUGCUGGCCAACAUCCUCUUCUCCAUGCCAGUUAUUUUAUAUGCCGCCUACAUGAUGUUGGCUACAGCCGCCUUCAUCUUCAUCUCAGCGGCCACCUUCACCACCAUCAUGCAUGCGCCCAAAUGUGUUUUCUCCAUUGGAACCGUCCCUUUUGAAGUGGAUUAUAGCCUUUCAUUCUGGCUGGCUCUGGCAACCGGUGUGCUGUGCACCGUCAUUGGGGUUCUGGUAGUGAUAUUGAACUUUACGGCACCUGAGAAGAUGAAGGAGGCUUUCAGUGUGGCUGCUGACAGUUGUGAAGAUGAGGACAUUUCUUACGGAGAGACAUACCCGAAUUCAGCCUUCCUUGAUGAUGUAACGGUCUCACCAUGCACACUCACCGAGGUCACAGUGGAGCAUGGAUGAGUCUCUCUCAGCAAUUUUCGCAUUCAAUACUUGAGGAUCUACCGAAUGUGUUACAGAGAAUGUUGAAUGUCACUUGUGUCUGCGUCAAAUGCGCAUGUUUUUUUUUUAAUGUAUAGUGAUUUAAUUGUACUGUACUGUAUAUGUAAAUACACAUUUAUUUUGUAUGGGAUCCAUGCACUGCACUGUUAAUAAACACAGGAGUUUUUUUCGUCUGGCUUUGGCCUAUAUUGUUAUUCGUAUUACUAAUACUAAAAAUA